AUGACUGAUUCAACCCCAACGGCAGGCUCUGACUCUGAUUUCAAGCAAUUGCUGCAGGAUGCGCAAGAAAGAAAGGCCGCGGGCAAUGACUAUUUUCGUGUCAAUAAGUGGAACGAAGCCCUCGUAGCGUACCGCACUGGGCUCAACGGAUUACCAAAGUUAAAAUCAAAAACUGAAGAUCCUGCGCCGGAAUCAUCCCAAAACCCAGAAGGCCAAUCGCCUGAGUCGAUCAGUCGUCCGACUGAAGUUGAAACCUCGAGAUCCGAUUCUGAGGACUCUGAGAUAAAUCAAGAAUUGACUAAAGCACGAGCUGUGUUAAAUGCCAAUAUCGCGGCGUGCUACCUCAAACUAGGAGAGCAUAAACAGGCUAUCGAGGCUUGUACUCAAGCCCUUCUCGAUGACCCAGACUAUGUGAAGGCUUUACAACGGCGUGCGGCCUGCAACGAAAUACUGAACACUUGGUCUUCGUUAACAGCUGCACAAGAAGAUUACACUUCUCUGCUGAGACUAAGCUCAAUUCAGUCUCAAACUCGAGAAAUUGAAGGAAAGCUUCGUAGUAUCAAGCCACGCCUCGAGGCUGCUCAGAAAGCGGAAACGGCCGAAAUGCUGGGGAAGCUGAAAGGCCUUGGUAAUAGUAUAUUGGGAAACUUUGGAUUAUCAACGGAUAACUUCAAAUUUGAGCCGAAUGGGCAAGGGGGUUACUCGAUGAACUUCAAUCAGUAG